GCGCCUAUGAACGUUCCUCUUCUUCCGUCCCUCUUACCCUCAGCUACACCACCACUUUGAGAUUUUGUGUGUUUAGAAAUCAUCCUGGUUGACGGAUGAUAAGUACAGCUCACAGCAUCAUCAUGCGUAGAUCUUGCGCAUGCUAAUGGCGAAUAGAGAUGGAAACUUAAAUUACCCAUCCCUCCGCUUUCUUCCAGCUUUCUUCAGGAGGCUAGUAUCGGUAUUCGGAAUACACAGUUGGCCGGAACAUCAACAAAUACUCUAAUACAAGGGAUAUGACUGGGAUACGACAUGUUCAAUAGUCAGGACUGUUGUAAAUAAACUGACACAACAUGGCUUUGUACUCCACCAUCGAAGCAAGCAAAGAGGUUCUACUGUCGACCUUCGACAAGGAUCUACCUGUGCUUCCUGGAAUUCGGGAACUUGUUGACUCUGUCGAAUUUUCUACCGACUCGGCCGAGCCUUUGAUACCUAUUGUUCUGAAAGCGCAUGAAUCCUUCGCAGCGUUGAAAGGGUUGGAGGGAAUGAUCGCAGUAGCGCUAUGCAAGAAACGAUUUGGUGAAGACACAAAGGUUAAAGCAUUGGUGAACUGUAAUCAUGCUGCAUUAUUCCCCGCAAUGAGCUUCCUGUCUACCGUAGACGGAAUACCAAAGUGGGGCUCGGAGAUGAAGAAUAAGAUUAUGGAUACCGAUCUCAAUCAUGUAUACAGUAACAUAUACCGGCGCAUGCUCACCAAUAUAUAUCGCACAAAGGACGGGGGCUUCUACCAUCUGCACGCAAGUCUUGAUGCCACACCCACUUUAAAAGCAUUGGGUCUACCGCCGUAUGACGAAGGGAAAAAUGAGAAGAAAGUCGCCCAAAGAGCGAUUGAAGUAUCCACUCAGCGGUAUACAUCCGAAGAUCUCGAUAAAAUGAUUCGAGAUAUCAAGCAGGCUGGGUCACCCUGCUUGACUAGGGCAGAGUUUCUAGCUUCUUCUCAUGGUAAACAUAUUUCGUCAAGACCUCUUUUCGAAUUAUCCCAAUUAGAAAGCACGUCUCCAACCCUGAAGCUUUCGCUCGAGGGACCUAACAUUCUAUCUGGUGUAAAAAUUCUCGAUCUGUCUCGAGUAAUCGCAGGACCUGUGAUCAGCAGAACUCUCGCUGAAUACGGUGCUCAGGUUCUGCGAGUCACAAACCAUAACCUUCCUGAUCAAUCAUACUAUGCAGUUGAUUUCAACUUUGGGAAGCGAACAAUCGAUCUGGACCUGAAAAGUUCAGAAGGUAGACAGGCUUUCGAGAAGUUGCUUGAAGACGUAGACGUGAUUGUAGAUGGAUAUCGCCCAGGAGCCAUUGCAAAAUUAGGCUAUGGACCUGACGAAUUGCGGAAACGUUUUUCUGGAAAACGAGGCUUUGUUUAUGUCAAAGAAAGCUGUUAUGGAGAUGGAGGCGAGUGGUCGGAUAGACCUGGAUGGCAGCAGAUCGCCGACUCAGUAACCGGUGUAUCGUGGGCGAACGGGCAAGCACUAGGUCUAGAAGAGCCCGUCGCGCCUCCAUUUCCGCUAGCCGAUUUUGGCGCAGGGGAGCUUGGCUGUAUUGCAACAUUGAAUGCAUUGCAUCACCGACUGACCAAAGGUGGAAGUUACUAUACGAGCGUCUCACUCGUCAAGUAUAAUGAUUGGCUUAUGUCGCUCAGAUCGUACCCAGAAGAAAUCUAGAGAAGGAUAGCCAGUGCACACGGACUCGAGCAUUCUCAAAAGCUUAGCCGCCAAAGCAAUUUUGAUGAUGUAGGCUUGGCCGCUAUCGCCAGUAUAAACCGACUACAUCCGCAUCUGUGGAAAGAUCCCGAUUUUAUGCAAGUGGCCACGAACACUCCGUUUGGUACUGUGAAAACGCAGAGCCCUAUAGUCAAAAUAGUCCCGUUUAAGACAACAUCGAAUGGUUGGUUGAAUGUGACAAGACCCGCAGGAUAUGAUUCGUUGGUAGACUGGAUUUAACUUGAAGUAUGUUGGUGGAAGUAGGGUGCGUGAAUGUGUAAUGACUACGAAAUAUACUUGACGAAAUCGAUGUAUCAACCGAGACCGAAAGUUCGUUUAUGCCUGCGUCCUGUUGCAGCCUGUUGCGGAGCCAAGCGCCGUGUUACCGAUUGAG